AUGCUCUGCGGUGUGAAUUAUGGGCAAAGUAUUGCUUUCCAUACAAAGCCUGGUCUUCACCAAAAUUCCAGGAUGAACUCCAUGCAAAACAUAAGAUGCUUUGCAGCAAACAUUUUGAAAGCACAUGCUUUAUUGAGAAGAAGUUGUUCAGAACAGCUGUACCUGGUGUUCAAUGCCAUAAGGACACAACAAUUUCUUAUCUGCCAGAUCAACCUGCCAUAUUUGAACCUGUUGCCGGUCCAUCCAGAAUUUAUCCUUUAA